UGCGCUCUCUCCCCGCAGCUCCAUGUUCUUCGACGAGGACGGAGAUUUGGCGCACGAAUUCUACGAGGAAACAAUCGUGACAAAGAAUGGCCGCAAGCGGGCGAAACUCAAACGUGUCCACAAGAACCUGCGACCACAGGGCACCAUCAAGUUAGAGUUCCCGCGCAUCCAUGUGGAUUUCCCCGUCGUGCUGUGUGAGGUCUGACCCUGGCUGCCGCCCUCGCCUGCCAUGUGGUGCCCCUCCCCCACCCACGCUGUGCUCCCAGGACGUGGAGCGAGAGGAGAGUCACGGGGGAGGGGGGGACACGGA